CCUUCGUAUAAUUCUUCUUCUAGCUCAUCAUCCUCACUGUUCAUGGCCUUGCGUUUGAAAUCUGGUCGGGAAGAACCUUGGCGAUUUUCUCUCGGAGGCAUCAUGGACGAUCAAAUAGAAUCCCUGUGGGCUUGGACCGCAUCGUUGCCCGGCGCGAGCGCCGAUAGCGGCGUCGGCGGCACAGCACAAACCCUUGCUCUUUUGACACAUUGCAAAGCCGGGGACUAUGCGGCGGUCCUGCGCUCAGAGGCAGCGCAAAUUAUGCUGCAGCCGUUCAAGGAAGAUGUGCUUGGGAGGAACGUAUCAUCAACAUCGUCCCCCUCUUCUUCAGCUCGUAGGUACGAGCUGGACAAGACUUCUUUGAUUCAUGUGCCAACCUCCGACGAAGAAUUCCAACAAGCCAUCCUCAUCACGGCUGCUGCGCUGUCAGCAUUUAUACAGGCCAAUUGGACGGGUCCAGAUCUGUCCUUCAGCUCAGCUGAACUGCUAGGCAUCCAAGACAAGGAUGCGAAGGCACAGCUGCACAGUGCUGCAGUCGACGCCUUGCAGUGGCGCGGCGAGCCAGCAUACCACCUGUGCAGAGAUCCAUUCAUGCUUGUCUUCGCAGUAAGGUGGCUCGCAAAGCUAUCAUUAUCCCCAAGUACAAGUGACUCGCCCGAUUUGCAACACUUAGCAGCAUGGUGGCGCCUACGAGGUGCACUCGUACACAACCGUCUGCUCGACGAGCCGGUGCCUUUUGGCGAUAGCAUCAUGCGCGGACCUGAGGGGGCGAGUGAGUUCCUUCUCGAACGCAAGAACAAUUCAUCUUUAUCACAUCCUCCAAAAGCCAAGCUAUGGACGGACGUCCUUGCUCGUCUCGUUCUGGAGCGCGGCCUUGCUCUACAGCGCGGGGGCAGCGGACACAGUCACGGUCAGGAUGCAGGCCAGAGCCCGGGACGAAAUCAGACACCUUCAGAGUUGUUUGUCGAAGCAGCUCGCCUGCACGGCUUUGCAUACCAGCUCAGUGGUGCGCUGGGAAAACGAACCAAAUGGCAAAAAGAAGACAAGUCUCAGUUGAUUCUGCUCGCCAAGUCGCGCGACGAUGUCAUUCAGAGUGAAGCGGAGGAGAGGGCUCGUGAAGCUCAAGAGGCCAAGGAGGCAAAUGACGCCGCAGUCGCAGAGGAGCAGGGAGUCGAUCACGAAAGGAGCGGAUGGAAAUCACGUUCCAAGGAAGGGCAGGACAAGUCGAUGCCGUCAAAUCUGGAGCUCAAUGAUGAUACACUACUCGAGCUGACGCAGUUUACAUCGACUGUGAUCAGCACCGACGGUGGUGAAGACGCUGCUUCUCCGCUUGCGGCUAUCGAUCCGAAUGCACAGCCGCCUCUGUCACCCUUUGACCAGUCCAUACUGCUUGCUCUCUCGCUCAACAUCCGCAACACGUCGCCAUCGCACGGCUUGACAUCCUCUCAGAUUUCAGCAUUCGUCCAGCGCGUCCUGCUGCACCCGAUGAACUGGUCCGUCUACACGAUGGCGCUGCUGCUGCGCUCGCGACUGGAGAGCACGCGCACGCGCACGGUGGAGAGGAGCGUGCUCCAACUGCAAGCGCUCGUGGACCAGAUGCCGACGGCUGACUCGAGCGUCUCAGAGCGCUUGCGCUUCUUCUUCAGCAUUGACCUUCCACCGCGCUGGGAGCUGCAGGCCGAACUGGGCAAGCGCUACGCUGCACUCGGCGUCGUGCGGAGCGCCUUGGAGAUUUACAGCGCUAUCGAGAUGUGGGAGGAAGCGGUGCUCUGUCUCGGCAGCUUGGGCAGGCAUGAGGAGGGCAGGGAAGUGGUGAGGGAUCUGCUUGAAGGCAGAAAGGUCGAGGUCGGCGAAGCGCUGGUCAGGCGGAAACAGAUGGAGCAGUCGGAGGGAGUAAGCGGGACAAGCAAGGGCACCGCACGCACACGCAUGGGAGCAGCUAGGCUUGCGAAGCUCUGGUGCCUACUUGGUGACCUGGAGCCCGCAUCUGCGCUGGAACACUACAAGCAAGCAUGGUCCGUCUCGGGGUCUUCCUCCGCUCGCGCAGCUCGUUCGCUCGGCGGCAUCUACUUCAGCUCGCAGCAGUACGCGCAGACGAUCGAUUGGCUCCGUCGGGCGCUGGCGAUCAAUCCACUGUUCUCGCGUAGCUGGUUCGUCCUCGGCUGCGCAUACAUGCGCGAAGAGAGUUGGCAGCUGGCGGCAGGGUGUUUCAGGCGCUGUACCAGCUUGGACGACGAAGAUGGAGAGAGCUGGAACAACCUCGCGAGCUGCUAUUUGAGGAUGGGCGUGGAGGGUGGAAGCAAGAAAGGUGGUGUGAGAAAGCGAAGAGCUCAGGAUGCCAGCAAGGUGACGAACGGCACUGCGCUGCCUUUGCUCGAUGAAGAGGCAAACGAUGGGCUGGACGCUCUAACGCUCGAAGAUGAGAACGACACCGAAGACGACGAGGAGGAUGAGCCAUCACGGGUUUCUUCGGCACGAAAGGCCGACACGUCGUACGCGUUGCGCAAGCUUGCGCACCGCGCGUUGGAGCAAUCACUCAAGUUCUCACGCGACUCGUGGCGAGUGUGGUACAACUACAUGGUCGUCUCCAUCGAUGUUGGUGAGCUGCGCGAGGCAGCGCGCGCUCUGGGCCGCGUCGUUGAGAUCCGCUGUGCCAGGUCGGCCGCGGACGCCGGCGAGAAGGGCGGCGCAGACGCCGUCGACUUUGAUGUGCUGGACCGGCUGGUGGAUGCCGUCACGCGCGGAGGUGCAUCUUCUGCUGUUGUUACCGAUGGCGCAGGCGCCGCACAGGGUUACGCACAAGCGCAAGAACAAGAAGACCCAAACGCGGCGCGCAACCUGCUGCGCGCCAUCGAGCUGCUCUUCAGCGGCACGCUGCUGGCGCGCGUACAUGACAGCGCACGGCUGUGGCGCGUGUACGCGCGGCUGCAGAUGUACAAGGGAGCGUACCGCGCGUACCUGGAGGCUGAGCUGCAAGCAUGGAAGUGCGCGCGAGCCGAUGCGGGCGAAGACGCGGCGGCGCUGGAUAAGGCGCGCUGGCUACAGGGCGUCGAGGAACUGCAGGAGCUCGUGGAGGUUAUGGAGAACCUGGGGCCCAGGCCGGCGAAGGUCAGGGGCCCGCUUGCGCUGACGCAAGAGGGAGGCAGCAAGGAGGAUGAGGAAGCGGAGGAGGCGAUGCCUGAUUGGAAGUUCAAGGCGCGCUCGCUCGUGCGUGGAUACAUGGCCAGGACGAAGGAGGCGUUCGAGGACGCGCCUGAAUGGGAUCGGCUGGUCCAGAUGAGGAACGGGCUGCGUGGAGCAUAGGAUUGUGUAAUCGAGCAACAUCGGCGCAAGUAGUCC